GAGUCAUUUGCUGAGCUGCAUGGUUGAGACGCCACACUGCAUGUGAGGGUCAGAGGUGAGGUUUCCUCUGUUAGGUCUGCUGUGGUGUGUAAACUCUCUUAUCUUUCCACCGUCUGUUGGUGCCUCCGUGUCGCAUUCUACGAGCCAUGGACCUGAGUUUAACACUGGGGAGCCUUAUGGUUUUCCUCGGGCUGCAUGGGAUUCAUACAGGAUUUGUACAGGACAGGUGUACCGACUACAAGCUCCAGUUCGAGAGGGUUUACUCCGUUCCUGGGGAUAUGGCUAUGCUGAAUAGCACACUGGUGUCUCCAGAGGUCUUCAAUUUCACAGCUAUCCCUUACAACAUCACCUGGUACGACUCAAAGACAGGCCAAGAAAUGAGCAACCAGACUGGUCGAAUCCUGGUGCGCGGGGAGACUCUGUGGUUUCUUAACGCAACGCUGAACGACACUGGGGAAUAUGUCAGCAUAGUGAGAACUCCUACUCAGUGCUACAAGCAGGCAACCAGGAUGGUGGUGAAUCAGACAGUUGCUGGAGAGUGUGGAAGGCCGGUGAAAGCUCGUCAAACACUUACAAAGGGAGUCACUGACAAACUGUCCUGCCCUCUGAAAGACUUCAUGAAUACACUGGAUAGCUACAACAUCACAUCCUCCAUCAAGUGGUACAGAGGUUGUGUUCCCAUAGUGGAUGAGACAGGCAAGUAUUCCUACAUGGACCGGAAUAAACUGAAGAUUGACGGGGUGCAAGAUCAAAACAACAGCUCCUAUACCUGCACCCUGACUUUCACCCUCGGUGGCAUCACGGGAUCCGUGUCAGAGACCAUUGAAGCAUGGGUCACAGAGGAGUACGAUUUGGUUCCACAAGUGCAUGAACCCGCCAAUGAAAUAAUCAAGGCAGCGAUCGGAUCCAAUUUCACCAAGCGGUGCCUCGUGUUUGUGCCGUGUGUUGGGAGGAUGCCCUUCGUGGAUAUGAUUUGGUUGGUCAAAGGCGAUUUCAUCUUCACUACCAAUCCUUCUGAUCGUGUCUACACAUCAGAAGAACGAGUGUGGAGUCAGGAGGUUGCUCCUAAAGGUGUGUGGAUGGAGCGACUGCUGAUGAUUUCUGAGCUGAGGGAGGAGGAUUUCAACAUCAACUACACUUGUCGAGCUUACAGUGCCAGGGGCCUUCCAGAAGGAUAUUUUACUUUACUGCCAGCAGAUCCCAACAUCCUACUUCCCAUUGGAUUGGUGCUUUGUGGUGUGAAGGUUCUCUUUAUCAGCAGUUUCAUCAUCUACUACCUUUUUAAGGUUGACAUUGUGCUGUGGUUCAGGAGAGCGUUCCCUGUCCUCUAUACAAAUAAAGAUUUGGAUGGGAAGCUUUAUGAUGCCUAUGUGGCCUACCCACUGCCCUGUGCUGCUGGAUACAGCAAGGAUGUGGAGGCCUUUUCCAUUCAAACACUGCCUCAAGUGUUGGAGCAGUCCUGCAGCUACAAACUAUUCAUACCAGGACGUGACUGCCUGCCCGGCCAGUCCAUAGUGGAUUCUGUGGAAGAGAACAUACAAGCCAGUCGCCGCCUCCUUCUGAUCUACACCGCCUCCUCUUUCACCAGCAAAAGACACACAAGCAGCACCAGCAGCAACAACAACAACAUCAUCUCCAAGAACAGCAAUAGCAGCGAAAAUACCGAAAGCAUGAUGAAUAACACGAUUUUUGAUGGUAGUGAACAAGUCUAUGAAGACACAAGGCAGCAGUUGGAGUGUGUGGCAGCAAUGCACAGAGCGCUGCUGGAGGGAUCUCUCAAGGUGGUUCUGGUUGAGUUGGAAGAGAUCACCCCGGCUCAGCUGGCUCUCUUCCCAGAGUCAGUGCGUCACCUGAGGACGAAGCAGGGCGCUGUGUGUUGGUGGAAGUACCAGAGGCCGACGCAAAGGUGGAGGACAUGUUUGAGGAGAAGAGAACACGAGGAGAAAGAUGGACAGGACACAGACUUUUCGCCAUCCCUCUCUCCUUCCUUCAGGUUUUGGAAGGAGAUAAGGUAUCAUAUGCCAGUGAGGGGCAAGAGAGUGGUACACCCUGAGAGGACUGCCCUGCUGAACUUAUGAUGGGGGUUAUCCUAUAUAAGUGUCAACUGUUGGACCAGAGAGUAGCUGGUUUCCAAUACAAAUGUGUCUGGUAGUAAUCACAGACAAUUCAUAAAUACUGUGUGGUCACCAGAAUCUGUGAAAGUUGAGUCAAGGCACGUACUACAAAUGUCAUCUCAGCAGGUACAUUUUUCCUUUAGCUUCCAAAAUGUGUAACUGCUCAAGUAGCACAUUUCAUGCCGUAACAAUACGGCAUGUGCCGAAGGCAGAGUAACUGGUCAAGAAAGGGUGGAAGAUUCUUUGCUUGAAGACUCAACAGCAAUACCUCGCGCCCGAUAUGCAGAUCAUCACAGUGUCUGGGAUAUCCGGAGAUUGCCGGCAUCAAUACAUGAGCUGUUGACAUACCCUGGCAGGUGGCGACUGAAGAAUAAAGUAGACAAAGGAAUGAUGAAACCAAAUGAAAAUGUGUUUAAUGUACAUAUGUAUGAUGAAAAGUGUAAAUAUGUAAAAUAAAACAAAAUGUCUACAGUA